CGUGUUUUACCACAAAGUCUAUCACCGAAUCAAACAGCUCUGUGGUGUUUCGGCUUGAGGGCGGAACUGCACUGAGUGAGUGCCAGUCUGCUCUUCCUCACCUCCUCGCCCGUCAAGUUGGGGCAGGUUCAACCGUAACGUACCUGCGGACCACGCCCUCCUCUCGUGCUGCUGCGCACAGGUAACCCAGAGCAGGAAGGAAGGGGUUGUCAACUUUGAAGCUGUUGUUGUAAAGUGAAUGAAAAUGCGGGUGUGUGUUUGAGAGACAACACAGCCUCUGAAACCGAUUUUAUCUUCUUUUUUGUAGCUUUCUUCAGCACAGCAAAGUUGUUAUUUUGCGGGAAAAUGCUGCCUCGUGAGUCAUGCACGCUCAUUGGACUUUUAUUGUUGACGGUCUUCGACUCAUCAGGUGAGUUAAUGAUUAGUUUUAGCCUUCAAGCUACAUUUAUUUCUUCUUAAAUAAAAGUUAUCCUUCUAUUUUCUUUCUAAACUUCAUUAUUUUGAAAAGCUACACUUAUAUAAAAUACUAUAUAGUGUUACAUUAUAAUCUGUGCCAAUUAGGUCAACACGUAACUGACAAGAGUCCAUGCUUUUAGUGUUGUGUCGUUCGAGAACGAUUGGUUCAAAAGAACAGAAUCUUUAAGUGAACGUACUGAACCGAAUCACUUCAUCGAGUGAUUUGUGCGUUUCUCAUUUCAGUUGAGUUGAAGUGAGAAACAGCACAGCACAUAUUGUCCCACAACAGGGGACAAUAUGCACCGACGCCUGAAUCACUUUGUGAACGAAUUACGCAUUGAACUCUCUGGAAUCAGUGUGAAUUCUUCUAAACCUUAAGUGAACGAGUCAUUCACUGACCCCAAUAUACCGAGCUGACCGGGUAAAUAGCAUACCAAAGGACAAUACACUUAGAACAUCAUGACCUAUAAACAAGUUCAGUUUUACAAACCUGUUCGCCAAAGCAACACAGCCAAACACUCUCAUCUCUUGGUCCCAGAAGCUUUGAAUUGAACUGAAUCCUGAACCGUGCACCAGUGUACCAGUUCAGGAGGCUGGAGUCGCAGGCUUCUCCUACUAAGUGCUAAAUGAUUCAGUGAUUUGGUGAACGAAUCUUUUUAGUGAACUGAUUCUAUUGAUUCAGUACAUCUAAAAGAGCUGCCGUGCCCAUCACUACAUGCUUUGUUAACGUGCUCGAGCGAAACCUAAUCCAAAAAGAGAUGAAGUCCCGUAAAUACAUUUUGGAGACGCUGAGUCAUCAUUAAAGUGAUUGAUCGUGUUGACAGAGGAGAUAAAAGGCUGAGGCACAUCCUCAGUGAGAAUUGAUGUUCAAGACCUUCAUUUUCAAAAGGUUUAUGAGGCGUUUACAGAGCCUCCCUUAGGCUUGAAUCCAUCAUAACUGCAUUAAUGAUUGACCAGCAAGCUGCUGCUUCACUACGAAUCUGGCGGUCAAAAAUCCUCAAUUGUUUGCUUUUUUUUCCGAGAUUUUGCUGACUGGGUUCAUCUCAUUGAGGGAGUCACCAGCAGCAUGAUAAAAUUCAAUGUAUGUUUGAGGAUUUAUUCGCACAAGCUUUAAUUUUUCUGCGUCUAUGUUGCAGUUUGAACCCUGGCUGUGACAGUCUCGUCACACCCAUUGUUUACAGUCAUGAGAAGCCCUUUAGCCAACCCUGCAUGUGUGUGAAUGCUACAGCUUUCCCCCUGUGUUGCUUUCAAGUCCUCACACGUUCAGGACUUGUGAAUUCCUAUUUUUUGUAUGCAUAACCUGUACAUCCUUUCAUCCUAACUAUAUGCUUUUAAAACAUCCCAGUAAAAUGAUGAAAUGAUGAUAAGGAAGGAGUUGGAAACUUAAAACAUAAAAUCAGAAGUAGUUGACUGUAAUGAGGCUAAUGAAGUUUCACAACGUAGGAUAUUUCUAUUAGUUGAUGUAUUGCAGCAACAAGUAAGCCUUGUUUGGACCUGUUGGACUUUGCAAAAUAUUUUUAUCAGCCAUGUAAACCUACUCCUGGUACCUCUUGUUCUUGGAAAAAAAGAACCAGACAAUUGUAGCAAAGUCAAACUGCCCCAUUAUCUUAACAAGUAUACUGUGCAAUUUAUCUGAUUUAUUCAUGAUAUGAUACAUGAACAUUUACCCCACUUAAGAGGAAAAACAGCCAAGCAAAUUGCUGACAACUUGCAUCUUUUAUACCCAAAAUUUGUUAAAUAAUCUGCUUAUAAUAUGGACAAUAUAGUUAAAAAAUCAUUUUUAUUACAUUUUUUACAAACAAAAGAUAAGCAUGAGAAUAUUUUCUUCUUUUAUUUGAUGUGAAAACAGCUAAAAAAGUUAGAAAUGUAAUUUUGAAAGUUUUCUGUUGCCUCUUUAAAGUCUUAAUGAAAACAUCCUUUAUGGAAAACCGCCCUGAAACAAUUGAUAAUAGAUUUGUUAUCUGAUGAAGUAAAAGCUCCGGUUUGAGAGAUAAAAAUGUGGAGUUAUCAAGCUGAAUCAGACUAAUCAAAACAGAGAGAAACUGCACACAGAAUGAAAUGAUUUCCCUAUAUUUGGCAAACCGGACAAAAGUGAAACCAAAGCUGUAAUGUGGCUUUUCAGCUCCUGAUGUUCAGUGUGAGAUUACAGCUGAAACAAUAACAGUAUCAAACUGCAAAUACAUAAUUUGCCUGUAAGGAGAAGUUUGGAUCAGACGAGUGAAAUUUCAUACAAACAGAAGUUGACUUGUACAUUUUCAAACCUUUAGUUCCUCAGGCUGACCACUCCUGUCUGAUUUACUCUUUAAGUUAUCAAUAAGGCGCUUAUUUGAUUGUGUUGUACAGAAGAGCUGGACAGUGUCCUGCUCAGUGUGAACAAACUGAUUUCUGCUCUGGCCAUCAAUUUUGAUCAAUCGGACGAUCACAUCCAUGGACAACAACAGUCUAGUUGUUUUUUCCUUGUGGGAAUCAACUUUUAAGUAUAUGACAAUGCCAGAAUUAUCACUAUUUCAUUAUGGUUGACCUCAGGAGCCAAUCACAUGUUGUUCCCAAUCGUAGCAUAGACACCUGCUCCUAUACAGGACUGUUUCUGUGGUUAAUUAGCCAUAAUGGUAUAAUGCUCUUCUAUCUGGAUGUAAAGAAAAUGUUUUAUGUAGGCUGUCUGAUUAACUUUGACUUUUCUCUGAGUGUUUUUAGCUUUAGACCAUAAUUGGUUUUUCCAAAUUAUGAUAAUUUUUUUGAACAACAAGAAAUUGAGCCACUUCAGGACAUCCAUAGUUAGCAUUUGAGUGUUUGUGGAAAUUAAAAACAAAGACUUCAGAUGGUGGUCCAAAUCUUUGUUGUCCAGGAUUUUGCUCAUUAUGAUAUUUAAAGGGUUAUUUUUAUUUUUAUUUUAGAGGAGCAAAGCACUAACUAUGGGUUCAAAAAUACAAGAGGUAAACUUGCCUUUGUUGACAAAAAAUGCCAAAACAGUAAAAUAGUCCUAGGCUGGCGAAAUAGUCGUUAAAGUGAGGCUACACACAUACGGGUAACAUAGAAAACACAUAGAAAAACAAAAAUGUAGCUAAAAUACAGCUUUGCAAUCCUUAAAGCGGUGUCAGCCAGUCAUCUUCAUCAUGUCAGGUGCUCUUUAAAAGGACCGUGAAAUAGUUCAGCACAGUUAAUCAGAGUCGUUACAGAUGAUCAACUUGUCUUGGGAAAUAACCACAAUAUUUUCAAAUGACUGUCGCUCUGAAUCAGUCUGUGUUUGCCACCCACUCAAGUCUCAACUUAGGAGUGUGUAGUCCUAUUUUCUCAAAUCACAUCUUUACAUUCCUGUUCGUUUCACCUUAUCUUUGCUUCUCCCCUGUUUUUCCUGCAGAAUGCUUACAGACGGUGGUCCGACCCGACAAAGACUCCACAGUGACGGUGUCCUCCAUGCUUCCUCCAGAUCAGUGUGCGGUGUGUUCGGUCAGCGGGGUAAAUGACACAGUGAAAACCUGUGAUUCCUCCCUGCAUUUGGUUCCUGAGGAGGAAGUCACUCUACUGUUCAACUGCUCACAACCCCUUGAGGAGGCUUACUCUGUGGUGAUAGCUCGGACCAUCGGUAAGUGUAGAGGAUUGGACAGGUUUAAUGCUUUACAGUGUGCCACAAACUGGACUCUUCGUAGUGCUGAACUUUACAAGAAUGAGGGUGUCAGACAAACGAGCCACAAUCUGGUGGAUAAAAUGGGUAGUUCAGCAGUUAUAGACCCAAAAUACACACAAGAAAACAGCCAAAUAAUAUGAUUUUUGGGUUAAUUUAACUUCAGAAACACAACCUUAAGAUUAAUGAGGGUGUCAUUUUUAAAUGAGCAAGGAUUUAACAGUUAAUUUAACAUAAGAUAGUUUAAUUUGGUUACUUAUUUUAUGGGAAUUGUAAGCCAAAACUACAGAAAUAUAGGAGAUGUGAUAGAGUUAAGUUAAAGUUGUUGCUUUACUUCCUAAAUCUCGUUAUAUAACAACUUCCUCUCAUACACAAUGCCCUUAGAUUUAUUGCAAAGAUGCUGCAGUUGGCUGUAACUCAACUGACUGACUUUAACAUCCACUUUGCAUGAGCUAACAUCCUUUAUUGUCUGUCCGUGACUGUCAUUCAGAGUGCACUAAGGACACCUGCAGCCCUGCAACAGGAGAAACUCAACCCUCCCUCCUCACAGAGUUCACCAGACACUUUACUUGGGACCUGAAGGCACCUGAGAAGACAGUUGUGAGUCUGAAGAUCCUUGGAGAAGGACUGGCAAAGUCAUCACAGCCGUGUCCCAGUGGAUUACAGUACUCUGUUGCUACAACAGAAACCAGCAGCCCUACCCAGACUCUGUAUUGUCAAGGUGGUUCUGAGACUCAAUUGGACCUGCCCAACGGGGCUGUCGUGUCUCUGCUGGCUGGACCAAAGGCUCAGGUUGAACCGGUGUUGUUUCAGGUCUCCGCCGGACCACAGAGUAAGAAAAAAAAGACAAAAUACAAUUUCAAAAACAUUUGAGUUACAUGAGAUCUGUUAGUUUUCUUAUCCGUCUCACUGUCUCGGUUUCAGAGGGCAGGAAGAUGGUUAUUACUGUCGAUCCCAGCACGAGUGUGACCCUGAGCCGGGAUCCAAAGGAACCAGAGUGUGAAGUGUGUUCUGUUGAAGGUUCUGGUCCUGACUGUAGUCCAAAGCCCUUCACAAAUGUGGAAAACCUCUCACUGGAGUUCAGCUGUUUAAAACCUGAGGAUGUUUACAGCGUGGAGAUGAACAAGAAAAUAGGUAAGAACUAACUCGUUUCUGUAUUUUUUUCUGCUAAUUUUAGUUUCAACUUCACUGUGGAAAAUGAAAACAGUUGAUUUGAACAAUUUCUUAUUUAUUUUUUUAUCCCAGAAUGCACACAGAGCUCCUGCACUCCUCCCAAAGCAGAAAUCGAUGCCGAUCUCUUCAAAGACUUUAAAAGAUCCAUAACAUGGGACAUCACUGUCCCUCCAGGGACUGUAUUAUCUUUGGACUUCACAGAUGGGUUAACGGAAGUGUCUGCAGGAGAAAGUUGCCUUCCAGUUGGCUUCCAGUACUCAGUUCGUACAACGAGAAGUGACGGGAAAACCAAAACGAAAAACUACUGUAAAGGAGGGACGGUGUCUCAUCUGGAACUGCUCAGCAUGACAACGGUGACUGCAGAGGUGCCAAAAGAUGUAGAUGUGGUUGCAUUCACCGCACAAGCAGCACCAAGAGGCAAGUGUCUGUUCACUAUAGAAAAACACGCUCAGCUGUUUAUGCAUCUUCAAAAAACUUCCUUUAGCAGUAUUAGUGGUUGUUUUCAGCCACUAACUUCUACCUGCUUUAAAAAUAUAUCAGAUUAAUAUUUCUUUCUACUUUUUUGCAUAAAUCUGUUAAGCAAGUUCAGUCCUGAUCAGAACUACUAAAUAUAUUUUAAAAAAUCAGGAUUUAAACCCUUUAAGGGCCAAUUUAGAAGAUGAAGUCACUGAUUUUGGGAGGGGAAAAACACAAAAUUACCUAUUUUCAAUAUAAAAAAUGAUCGGCGACAGGAAUUUUUUAAACUGCUAUCACAGUCUUGGGUGUGUCAAAGAUUAGUAACAUAAUUGAUUUUGAUGCAUAUUUAGUUUUUGUGCGGCAACAGAUUUUCAAAAAAACUUCCUUUUGCAGAAGGAAACUAGGCUAGUAAUACAACAGGGUUAUGUAAUGGGUAAAUGGGUGAACCAGGUGAUCAACAGUAAAAUUACCUGAUUUGAGCCCUUCUGAACAAGGUUGAUCACCCUGACUGUAAAAUUAUGUUUAUAUAGGGCCGUGUCUCUGUAUUCAAAACCUGUGGUUAUAACGGGAGUCAAUGGGGCAAAAACAGCCACUAAUGCCAUAAAGGAAGUUUUUUUUUUCGAAAAUCUGUUGCUGCACGAAAACUAAACAUGCAUCAAAACCAACUAUGUUACUAAACUUUGACAUAUCCAAGACUUUGAUAGCAGGUAAAAAAUUUUCUUUGUCCAAUAACUUUUUAUGUUAAAAGUAGCUCAUUUUGUGUGUAUUUUUCUUUUUUAAACUGUCAUUCAAAGGGUUCCAUUUUGUAAUUUAAAAAAAAUAUUCAAUAUUUUAUGGAAAUAUAUUCAAAUAUUCAAAUUAUAUGUCAAAAUAAGGUUUGUCAGCAAAAAUCAUGCCAUUUGCUGCAAUACAGUGAGAGUUCUGGUCAAAUUAAGAGGAAAAAGUGACCCUUGGUGGACGUUUUUGUCACCAAUACUGCAUAAGGGUUAAAUAGCCGCCUUUGAAACCUGCAACUAUACAGGGCUACAGUUUUGUCACUGUGCUAAGACAUCUUUUCUCUUUGGCCUGAUCUAUGUCUGAUUUUUCUGUCCAGGUGCAAGAAGGAUGUCUGUGAUGCCCGAUCCGGACACCAUCGUCACUAUCAGCCGGAUGACAGACGAGCCAGAGUGCAGAGUAUGUGUAAAUAAAGUUCAUCCUAUAUGCAGCCCAACAUAUCUGAGCUUGAGAGAACAGGGCAACAUCUCUGUGGAGUUCACCUGUCCACAACCUCAAGAUCUUUUCACUGUGGAGAUCAACAGAGAAAUAGGUAAGCAGGAGUAUUGGUUUUCUUGACUCUUUAUUGCUUUAACUCUUUAUUUUUUUGAGUUUCAAAUGCAGCUUCUAAAAUGUGCCCCGCUUAACACUAAAUCUCUUGCAUGUUCAAUUUCCAGACUGCACAGAGACCUCCUGUUCAGGCGACAUCGUUCAAGCCGAGUCCUCGCUCUUCCCAGACUUUAAUCGAACCUUCACCUGGGAUCUCAAAGUCGUCGCCACCAGGGCUUUCCAGCUGGACUUCCCAGAGCCGGGAAUGCGACAGAUUGCCAAAGAGGAGACCUGUCCUGACGGCCACACAUACUCUGUUGUCACUUAUCUGCGCACAGGACCGGCAGUCGUUGGUACCUUUUGCAAAGGAGGACCAGUGACCUCAAUCCUGGCUCGAUAUAAAGGACGCAUGUCUCUACAGGUGCCUGGGGACAGGAAGCUAAAUCCUGUAAACUUCAAAUUAAAUGUUGGUCCUGAAACUACAAGUAAGUUAGUUAACAAUGUUUUUUUGACAAUGCAACAUAUUGAACACCGUGUAUCACAAAGUCCAAAAUCUAUCAGUUAAACAUCAGUUUUUGGAGUCUGAAGCGAAAGGGAAACUUUCAGAUCUCACUACCUUUGUUUGGGUAACCUAGCAGUAAAUAUGUCAAAAAAUAUCACCUUUUAAAUUAACCAAAAACUUAACUGACCAUAGUUUAUGAUGAUUGCUCAAUUUGACGCAGUGAAAGAGGUAAAACAGUUUGAUAACAUGCCUUCAUGUUUUUUUCAUCACUCUUUUUAGAGCCUGUAAUCUUUUUUAUUGUUAAGAUGACACGAUUAAAACUUUGAAACAGUUAACCAAAGUAAUUUCACGUAAAAAAUCCUCAGGUUGCAAAUCUCGCCCAUGCUCUUCAACAGACAGAGGACAUCUGUGUGCUGAUCUUAACGCCUUGUAUUUGGCGUGCUAAAGGUGUUUACUCGGCACAGAUUUUUAUGCUUUCUUCAUAACUAAGGAAAAAAACUGCAGACUAAACAGCUGGAUUUAUUAGCAAUAAUGCUGUGUGACAGUCUGUCUAGUAUGUCUCGUAGAUAAUCGUUUUUUAAAUUCCCUAAAUUACCUGCAGCUAUAAGUAUUGUAUCGUAUCGUAUCGUAUUGUAUCGUAUCGUACCAUAUCGUACCGUAUCAUACCAUACCGCACCAUAUCGUAUUGUAUCGUAUUGUAUCGUAUUGUACCGUAUCAUACCGUAUUGGAUCGUACCGAAUCGUACCGAAUCGUACCGAAUCGUACCGAAUCGUAUCAUAUCGUAUCGUAUCGUAUCGUACCGUACCGUACCGCACCGUACUGUAUCGUAUUGUAUCGUAUUGUACCGUAUCAUACCGUAUUGUAUCGUACCGAAUCGUAUCAUAUCGUAUCGUAUCGUAUCGUACCGUACUGUACCGUACCGUAUUGUAUCGUAUUGUACCGUAUCAUGCCAUAUCGUAUCGUAUCGUAUCAAACCCUUCUCAAAGUAAACAUGCAGUUUUGGUUCUGUCCUUGGGGCUUUAAUCUCAGCCAAAACAAUACAAAAUCUACAUUUUCAUUUGUUAAAAGAAACAUUAACAGUAUAAAAUAAUGCUCAAAGUGUCAUAUGUGUAUUUAAAAGCACCUACUGUAUGUGCGAAUCAAACCUCAAGAUUCUCUCCUUGUUUUCCUCCAGUGGUGGCGAUAAUGAAAGUGAAUCUACCUCGAGGUGUAUCAAACGUCGACUUUAUCACAGCAAACUAUCCCGGUGAUUUCCCUGACCAGCAGCAGAUGCAGUGGGACUUCACGGUGCCCGGCAUGCACAAUUACUCCAUGCAUUUCCAGGACCACACAGCUCCCGAGUGCCUCAGUGGAGAUGUUUACGUUGAGUACCAGAAAGAGGGGUCCAAGAAGGGGACCAAGCUGACUCUGACGGAUCCGCAGCCCAAGCAUCAACAGGGUAACUUCAACAUGGUGCUGAAGAACUGCGAGACGAACCACACGCUGCCGGGACUCACCCUGAACUACAGAGUUGCGUUAAUGAGGAGCGGACAUCCAGGUACAGCGAAGAACUGCUCUGUCGUUACCACAGAUUUAUUAAACCUGAAGAAUUUUCCCAGUUUUGAGUAGAAAUAGACAAUUUAAGAGAAAGGAGUGGCACUUCAAGUGGCUUAAGUCACUGGGCCAAGCAUCUAACCGCCUAAUAUCCAAGACUGAUGCUUGUAACCAUCAAAAUUUCAACACAUCUCCUUUAUUUCUAGUUCUUCGGAUCCUAAUUUACUCAGAUCAGAGUUUUUCCUUCAGUCUGAUGGUCUCUGUUGUAUUCCCCUCCAGAUCUGUGCACAGUGGAUCUAACCAAACACAAAGGAGUGUCCCUGCAUUUGGAGAAAGUUGGUUCUGAUCCUUAUUGUGAGAUGAGCAUCGACUCAAAGGUCCGAGAGAAGAUUAACGUGGCUGCGGGUACCAAGGCCCGCCUUUCCUUCCUGGACUGUCCUGACGAGGAUAUCCGCCUGACAGCCAGUAAAGUUAUUGGUGAGGGGUUUUUAUUAUACAUGUAUGUGAACAGCCAGAAUGAUUGCGCCUUUUCUCUCGUCUUGAUACGGGAAAGAAAGUAGGUAACAAGUCAGGUGGUCCAAUUUAGGCUAUAUUCUCUGCUUUCUUUGCCCUUUUACGAACAGGUUGCCAAAACGUAGCUUCCUGCUCCUCCACUCUCCUCACCGUUCCCAGAAUGGAACCCUGUCUUCGGGUGCCUCUCCACAGCUUCACCUGGCACAUCACCAUCCCUCAGGACGGCACUGUGGAUCUGACGUCACCCACAGGUAGCCUCCGACAGUCGCUCCCCAACCAGGAAUGCAAUCAGUCGGUCUCGCUUCAUGUGGCGGAGGCUGACGGGUUCCCUUUGGGAGAUUUCUGCUUCAACGGACCCAUCCCCAAAAUUCAGGUGCAUGCCAACGUCUCUGUCACAGCCAAAGUCCCAGACUUCAGCAGAAUCAGAGGACCUUUUCUUAAUGUCAGCUACAGUGAGGAGAUCCCAGGUAAGAUGUGAGAUAAAUUCUGAUGAAUUCAGGCCUUUAUCUUUGUUUAAGUCCUGCAUUUUAUUGUGUGAAUUGAUUUUAUUGUACGUUUUUUAGUGGUUACAAUAUUUUAUGCUCAAUUUUCUGUCAUUUCUGGAAGCCGGUUGCAAAUUAGCUAUGACUAGAAUCCUGUAUGCAUGACACCUACUUUCUAUACAUUAUAUGUGUUCAGUCACUUUGCUCUUCUGCUCCACACAGGGGCACUGUUGUACCACACAUGUUUGAAAAUACAACACUGACUCUGAACAUGAUCUCAUCCCUCUUGUAGAGACCAUUAUUUACAGUAUAAGUCCCAAAAUAUCAACUCCAACCCUGCUGGCCACCCCUAACUGGCCUGAGGGGAUGAGACCCUCAUCCACUCUCUCCUGGAUCGUCAACGUCCCGAGCGGGUACAAAGCACACCUGCAGUUCGUCAACGUCAGCCAGCCCAAAUGCCUCGACAGACACACCGCCAUGAAGGUGAAGAAACUGGAUGAGGAGGAGGAGAUCUUCAGCCGCAGGGAGGACGAGCAGGCGGAGGAUGAGCUGUUUGUGGACGAGAGUUUCUAUCUGAAUAUGUCCAACUGUAUUCCAGAGGAGGGACACUUUGGAGCGGUGACCAAAAUCGUUCUGCAGAAGUCCUCAAGUAAGGAAAUAGUAAUUAAUUUAGAGCUUUUAUCUUUCAUUUGAUAAGAAAAACACAUCAAAUCCUUAACUAGAUAAGUAAAAUAAAGGACUGUACCUCCACAGAUCUGUUGGCCAUCCUCCUGGGGAUAGCAGGAGCUCUUCUACUCGGUCUCAUAGUGCUGGGUGUGGUAUGCUUCGUCACAAAGUAAGUUUACUUCUUUCAAACUUGUUUGAGUAAUACAGGUGAAGUCUGAACUUAAGUAAUGACAGAGCUGAACCGGUGCUUGACAUUGAAGAGUCUUGAGUUGGUUGAUUGAUGAGUCAGACAUGACCUUAAAGGGAUAUUUCGGCGUAAGAUUAAUUUAGGGUCAAACACACUGUAACACCGAGUUAGACACCCCCUCAAAGGAUGAAUGUUGCUGACCGCUUGCUUCUCUAGUUAUACCAACUUUAGUAACAACUGCAUGAUACACAGCGGUCUCAGGAGCCAUAAACAAACCUCAACCAAAACGCCACUCUAUAGCUACAAAUAAUGCUCAGAACAGCACCUAACUUCAUCAACAGUACAUAUAGGGUCCCAGCCAUAGAACUAGCCACCAAACAUCUUUUUAACUUUGCCUGAUUUCUUUAGCAAAGAGACUAAACACAACUCACCCACUCUCUUCCAGCAGCCGCUUGUUUGUAGCAAGACCUCAGGCCAGUCCAUCACAGAGUGCUGCGGGGUGACGCAGCUCAAGGAAGAACAUUUAUGAUCAUUUCUUCAUGGAAAUACAAUCAGACCGAGACGCUAAGGCAGAAGAACUACUGCGUCUGCAGUGCAAAAUGAUUAAUAUGGUGAUUAUUACUUCAAGGAAAUGAUAAAGUAAUGAUCAUAAAUCUUCUUCCUUGAGCUGCGUCACCCCGCAGCAGUCUGUAAUGGAUUGCCCGAGGUCUCGCUAUGAACAAGCAGCUGCUGGAAGAGAGUAGGUGACUUGUGUUUAGUCUCUUUGCUAAAGAAAUCAGGCAAAGUUAAAAAGAUGUUUGGUGGCUAGUACUAUGGCUAGGACCAUAAAGAGACCAUAGUCCUUGAAAGAGGCUGUCUGGGUUCACUUCUAGCUAGUGGGCCUUUACUCCCUCUGCCCCUAAAUAAUAGUCAGUACUGAGCAGCUUUAUUUGACUCUCUCUUAUGAUAUAUGUACGUCUUUCAUUUUUCCAAACAGAAAGAAGAAGAAAGACAAGAUGAACAAAGAGUCGUCCAUCUACAUCGGCAAAGGGAACAUCUUCCGCCCUGGUGACGCGCACUUCAGUAAAACUCGGUCUGACAAUGAAUCCCACGUCUACGACUCCAUCGAUGAGACGAUGGUGUACGGCCAUCUGCUGGGUGACUCAACUUACGCCGACAGCCUUCAGGACCACUAUAAAGGUAUGCAGGUGGACUCUUAUCAGACCUUUACAGGCCCCACUGACGGAGGGCUUCCUGUGAUCAAAGAACCGGAUCAAGACCCGGAAACUGAUACGUUCAAUACCUUCCUUGACCCUGCGGACAGUUUUAUCCCGUCUCGCCCUCGCACUCCCAUCGAGCGGCAGGACAGCCUCGGCUUCCAGGACCGCAGGAUGGUUGACAAUGAGCUGUACACGUUCAAGAACACAGGUGAUAUUAACACCAUCCGGCUCUCUGGUGUUGACUUGGAACCAGAGCCACCGAUAACAGAGGACUACCUGUAGUGUGACCAUGUUACUGAAGCCUCAUUGCAGCACCAAGUGUCUCUUCCGAUGUGAACUUCCGUGCCUCGAUCCUACUCAGGGAAAGAGAGUUUUAUCGAGUGUGAUGUGGGCACUUUAUUGGUCUCAUUUCUGAGGGAUGAAGAGUAGAUGCUGUGAUCUUUACAAAGAAGUUUGGUCAGCUGGGAGCCAACUGUGACAUGCUGAGAGUAAAAUAAGACUUGACUGUAUCCCCAGUGAAUAAUAUGAGGCUAAAGCGUGCAGACAGUUAGCUUGGCAUAGCAUAAAGACGAGAAAAAGGGCUUUUCUCCUGUCUUAGCUCGUGUGUGAGAGGGAAAUCCAUCAUCUCAUCCUGCCUCUCUCUAGCAAGAAAACUGCAAAAUGUCUUGAGUAUUUUUCAAAGUUUUAACUUGUUAGUUUUAUUAAAUUGUUGCCCACGAAUUGUUGUGGCAUAAAUCAGGAGAAAGGAAAACAAAUGUG